AUGAGUUUACAAGAGUUGAGAGAUAUAUGGGCUCGUUCGGAUGAGGGAACCAAACAGUUGUUUUAUCAGAGCUAUGGUGAUAUAGCCUACUUGCUCGAUAUUAAGGUGGACAAGCAUCUGUUCCGAGUUAUGGCCCAGUUUUGGAAUUCUGCUUACAAUUGUUUCACUUUUGGAGAAGUAGAUUUGGUGCCUACCGUGGAGGAAUAUACUACCCUGCUGAGGUGUCCAAAAGUUUUAACACAUCCGGAUGAAAGGAGGAGGGUCGAUAUCUUUGCCUUAAGCAUCUAUAGAUUGGUGAUUUUUCCUAAGGCUUUAAGGCAUGUGGAUGAGGCAGUCAUUGACUUAUUCGAUCGUCUUGAGAAGGGAAUCACACAUGUACCUGCAAUACUGGCUGAGACGUUUAGAUCCUUGAGCAUGUGUCGGAAAGCAGGCGAAGGAAGAUUUAUUGGAUGUGCACAGCUGUUGUUGGUGUGGUUUCAUGGUCACUUUUGGAAGGUGAACAAGGUUUCUUACAGGGCCUUCUCUAAAAGUUACUCCACAUUAAAAGAAGAGGCAGGUAUGCAAAGGAGAUAUGAUAUCUUAGAGGAGAAGUGGAUGGAAAUUCUUCAAAACCGCAAGGAGGGGGAUAUAGAGUGGAGAGCUUUUUGGAUGGUUCCUGAUGAGAUCCUGUAUCAAUUUGGGAACUUUGAUUGGGUACCAUUGUUAAGAAUUUGGGGAGCUACUGGGUAUACUCCUUUGCUUGCAUUAAGGCAGUAUAAAUCGAGGCAGUUUAUACCCACGACUUACGGGCUAGCUCAGUGUGAAUUCCCAUAUAAAGGUGACCAUUAUAAGAAGAAGGUUCGGGAAAUUUCUAAUGCCUGGAAGAAAACUUAUUGGAUGAAGAGGUUGGCUGUUGGUUCCAUGGUGACACUUGAAUACAAUAAAUGGUUUAGGGAAAGGGUCAACGAUAAUAGUCCUAGAUCAAGGUCAAAAGGUACCCAACCAAUGGAGGAACAAUUACAAGUUGCCCCGUCAGAGUUGGAGAUCAUAAGACAAGACUUCGAAAAGAAGAGUUCUGAGCUAAGGAAAAGGAUUGAGCAGUUGGAAGGGGAAAAAAUGAAUUUGAGAUUAGACGUAGAUGUUCAGAAGUCAGAGGCUGAGAAGUUGUGA